AUGAAACCAAAAUUAAAGCCAACAAGAAGAGAAAAUAAAAACAAUGUACAGUCAAAUGAUCAAUUCAUUCAAAAGCAAACUACAUAUGAACACAAAGAUCAAAUUUAUCUUCAUUAUACAUUUGAAAGUGGACCAUUAUUAGAUUUCAAAAAAGAAUGUCGUAAAAUAUGGCAAAAACAUUAUAUUUAUCCAGGAUCACGUUGCCAAAAUACACGACUUAUUCUUGGUACUUUAUUAAAUCGAACUUUACAAAAUCUAUUAAUACACAAGAAGCCUAAACGUGAUAUGUUGACCACGAUGCAACCAACUACAGAAGCAGCUCAUCAAACAAUACAAGAAUGA